AUGUCAUUUGAAGGCUUUAGGGAUUUAGAUUCCAUGAUCAGAGAAGAGAUCUCUUCCAUUGAUAAAAUAGCAACUACAGCUAGAGAAAAUUCAGCGACUAAAUAAGAGCAAUAUUAAGAAAUAUGAGGAAUGAGAUAUCUUUUAUCCCAAUGAAAAAGGGAUAAUGAACUCUUUCAAGCCUCUACCUGAUCAAAGCCAUGAUAGUCUCCACCAAUAUUCCGGGAGUAACAAUAUUGACCUGACUCCUGAUGGAGAUAAAUUUUAUGAGUCAAGGUCUUCCAACACAGUUGAGGUUAAAGUGAAAGCAGACAUAAGCAGGCAGGAUAGAACCCGAUCUCACCUAAAGAAGGACUCAAAAGAGCCUCUUAAAGAGAUCCAAAAUAUUUCUGGGGGAAAUAAGGCACAGGUGGAUUUAUAAUAUUUUAGAGUGUACAAAGGAGUAACUCCAAGGAAAUUGAAGACUCUUAUGACCUUGAAGAAGAGGAUGAGGAUGAGGUCGAUGACUAUAUUGACAGAAUUAAUCAUUCAAAAAACUCUGAUAAAAAGCUCUCAGCAUUCAGUGAUAUCUAAGAAGAGUAAAGACUACGAUCGUUUAAAAGGGAAAACCGAUUCAAAUUCUGGAAGCUACCAUUUUAUUGGAAGUAGUUUUGGGAAAAAUUCUAUUCCUGGCUUGAAGGAAUUUGUUGAACAGAGACAAAAAACUCAGAAAGAGGAAUCAGUAAUAUAUGAGAACAAAGUUAGCGAAGAAGUAAAGCUCAAUGCAACGUUACAAUACAGCCAAGAGUUUUUAUCCUCAGAAAAAUCAUUUAUGCAAUUAGAAAAUCAAAAUUCUAUUAAAACUGAUUUAAGACUUGACGGCAAAAGUACAAUCAAGAAUGUUAUGUCAAAACUUCAGGAGAACUAUUACCGAUCAGAUUCAUUCAAAGAAUUCUUAGAUAGUAAGGCUAAGGAGGUUAAAAUUUCUCAAGAAUGUGAUAGCAAGUUCCUCCAAACUUUAUACUCUGAAUUCAAGACCCUAAAUCAUAAAGAUAUUUUUAAUUUCAUCAUGGAAACCAGAGAGGAGAUUUCCAAGCUAAAAGAAGAGAAUAUGACGCAAAAACAUGAAAUUUCAAGAAUUACUACUGAAAAUGUAAUGCUGAAGAAGUAUUGUUCUGGCAACAGUCCUCUAAAGUUCUCAAAGGAUAAAUUUGAGGCGUUGCAGAAAUAAAUAUGAUAAAUUGAAAAUAGAGUCAGAUAACAUUCAAAAGAGGAUGAAUAAUUCUUUGCUACAAUCCAAUGAGGUCAUAACUACGCUCCUCACUGAGAUACACAAAGGAGCUAACAAUUCAAUGAUGUCACUCCAUAAUUUGAUAUUUUCUUUAGAAAAUAAGAUUUCUGUAUUGGUUAAGAAAUCUCAGGGAGAGAAUAAAGUAAAUUCUCAUGGACUUUAUUCACCUUACAACCCAGGAUCUUCACAGAUAUUUGAUGCUGAUAAUGUGGGAGAAUACCAGAUCAAAAAUUCAAGCAAUGCUUUACAGGACACUCAUGUGUUUUUGAAGCAAGCAAUGGACUCUAUUGAUAAGUCUACUCAAAAUAAAACUACUGAGUUACUAGAACCUGAAUCUGAGGAUGCACAGAGUAACUUAAUGGGUCAUCAUAAUCCAAACCAGUUUAAGACGUGAGAUACUAAUUUCAAUCUUCCUCGGAAGAUUGACGAAAAUUACUGCCCAGAGACUUUUGAUUACAGGAAGAGAAAGAAAGCACUGAAGAGCAGGAAAGUUUCCAAGGACACGAGUAAAUCUCCUCGGAUUCAUAUGAAUGCUAAGAAUGUGAAGAAUAAGUACAAAAUUCAGGCUGAAAAGUUUUCUUCUAAAGCUCAACGAAAGACCCAAGGGUCGUCGUACACUCAAAGAGGGAUAAGUCCGAAUGUUGAACAUGGAUACCAUUCAUUUAAUAUUAAGAAUAGCCAGUUUAGUAUCCAUGGAGAAGGAAGUUACUCAAAUAAAGUUGAUUCAAAACACAACAGAAACAAAAAUAAAAGCAUCUCUAGUUUUGUAGGGGCUCAAGACGAAUCAGUCACAAGCAGAAUGACAGCUUCUGAAAUGAAGAGAUCCAAGCAAAGUAAAGUCUAUUCAAGUAAAAUAGCUGAAAAUGCUUAUAAUUCUAAUCCUCAGGCUCAACCUAAGACUCAUCGGAAGAGUAAAUCUAAUACAAGCUCAGCUACUCGGAAAGAUAGUUAUACAGCUUGUGAUGGUACUAAUAAAUAUGUUCCUCCUAAUUACUCCACACUGUACAAACAAGGAAAGAAUGGGAUCAACUAUCAUGAACUCUUGCAGAAGAUGAUUCUUGAGAGGAAGAAAAAUAAUGUAAAUGCUCCUUUUAUCUAAAUAAUCACUUGAUCA